CGACUCUGCUCUCGUUCUCUCUCUGUCUGUUCCCUGCGCUCCCCUUGCUUUGCAGGUUCUGACCAUGGGGCAAGAUGCACGCGAUGUGACCGAGCCAGCGCCUCAGCACGCUCCUUAUAACAUCCAACUCCACCCUAAUAAUAUGUCUUCCUCCACGACACCUCAAGCGGCGAAAGCAAAGAGAAAACGAACAAGCCCCCAGGACUGUGCCAUCCUCGAGGCCGCAUACCAGAAGAACUCCAAACCAGACAAGGCCGAAAGAGCCUUGAUAGUCAGCCGGGUUGCCCUUGGGGAGAAAGAAGUUCAGAUUUGGUUUCAGAACCGUCGCCAAAAUGACCGUCGCCGGUCCAAACCAUUGCAGCCGCAUGAGCUCGUUGCCCAUCUCCGCAACAGUAAUGCCAGCCCUGUUCCUCCCCAGAUGAGCUCGUCUCCUGUCCCCGAAGAUCUUUCUGCCUCUAUGUCCCUACCAAACUCAUCUCUAGCGCCUAUUGAGCCUAUCAACCGACCUACCUCGAGAGGCUCAAGCAUCCAUGAUCUUCUCAAUCCAACACCUCCAGAGGACGAUGCAAGCCUCAAGCAAAGCUCACAGGAAACAAUCGGAGGAAGCACACCGCCAUCCAGCAUUGAAAAGGGCGUGUUGACCGUCGGGAUGCCAUUUCAAAGUGAAAGUCAAAAGAACGUGGCUGAGAGUUGUGACGGACAGUCGGAUGUUGGCAGUGAGCAUGGAAGUGCCAGAAAGAGAGAUCAUGAUGAGAUGACUGGUGCAACGCCUCCUAGUCCCCGGCUAGAGGGGCAAGGAGAGACUGGGGAAGCCACUCUCUCUAAGGCUCCUCUGGUGAGAGUGUCCAGUUUUGUGCGGCUUGCAAUGACUGUGGAUGGAGCUGUCAAGAUCAGGACGAACAAUGAGCCCACGCCAUCCCCCGAAAAGCCACGUGCCCCAACUCCAACCGUACAUAACAGGCAAAAGGCGUCCUUGGUCCGCAGCAAGAGUGCUAUGAAUGGAGUCGAGGUUUUCCGCGACAGCGUUCAGGGGGCAGGAUUCAAGAGCAUUGGAGCAGGAUUUGGUCGGUCCCGUGACGCCAGGACUUGGGAGUUUUAUUGCGACAGUAAGACAAAAGAUGCGCUUUCGGCCCAGGCUGAAGCGGAAAGCGCGGGAUCUGCUGUCAGUGCCAUCAACCUCAUCCGAUCAAACAGUUUCAAGCCGCGUUUGCAGGCACUCAGUCCGUCUUUGUCCAAGACCAAUGCUCGCCGGGCAACAGUGAAGGAAGGCAGGCCGAAGUUGUCUCGCGCCCAAUCCUCGCUGGGACGUUUGCAAGGCCUGGGUACAUCGGCAGACCCGUCAAGUGGCAAGUCGAAGCCUCUUCAUGGCCACGUCCGGUCACCGUCCGGAGACUCAGACAAAGAGAACUGGGCUCCCGGGACCAGAAUGUCGGAGCAUCCCUUGCGCAGAACCCAGCCCAGUACAUGUCACCGGCCGGUCCUGCAGGAAAAUGAGCAGAUGACAUUCCCGGAUGUUAAUGCCUCACGCCAUCGUCCUGAAGAAGGACUUGGCAGUGGUGAAUCCCCGACCAAAGAGAAGGCCAAGGGUGAAGAACUCGACUGCGUACAGGGGUUGCUUUCGCUCAGCCAGGGAGCUUGGUCCAGAUGAAGGCGCUCGCAAAGAUGGGCAUGGAAGCCAGCAUGACGACCAUAAGGAGGAUAUUUGUUUGGUUACGGUGGCAUAAUUCGAGGUAGCGCAAAAGAGCAUGGGAUGUUUGCAUUUUAUCUGCAUGACUGUUCGCAGCCAGUCCGGGGUGGAAAAGGAUCAUCAUCGACCACAUGUAUCAUGAUUGCUAUUGGAAAUCAAUUGAAGGAGUCAUGUUGUUUGCUUAUUUGUCUCUGUUGCUCUACUACUGGUUUGGCUUGUCUUGACGUCAGCUUUAUCUCUGCCGGCAGCUGCAUGUGCCUGGCAAAAACCCGCGUGGGCAAGCGACACUCAAGUGCCGCCCGCGUCGCGAUAUCAUCACGUCG